GCAGCCGCUGUCAGUGAUAAAUUCAAAGGAUGCAUUCGAAAUCUAAGUACAACUGACCGCACUUGGCGAGAAAGCAGCUUAAAAAGUUGUAACUCUUGUACCCUGAACUAUUGCUUAUCCUUACAGAUACUUUGCAUUCGUCAUCAACAACCGGGAGGAAAUUCUAAUGACAGUAAUACUCACCUUGAAAUACCAUCUGUUGGUUGCAGCAACGUGGCGACCGUCAGUGGUGAAGGCUCACCCCAGCUUGGUGCCAUUUCCGCCCCUGAUGAACCACAGUGGGAGACACUUGCGUCUAACCUUGGUUUCAGCUCAGACAGAAUUGCAUAUUUUAAGAGUAUUGAUCCUGGCAAACCUGCGGAAAAAAUCUGGGAGAUGCUAUCUGAGUGGAGAGGAAAGGGGUCAUCCCGCAUGGCCCAGACUACACAACUGUGUGCUGCAUUAGCAGUCAUUGGAAGAAAGGAUCUUGCAUACGAAUUACAAGUGUUGAAUGAUAACGAUGUAUACAAGAUGUCCAAGGUCUUUUGUCGAGAAUGGAAGGACAAGGCUUUUGAUCUCGGCUUCAGCAGAAAGGAGGUCGUCGAAAUUGAGUCAAUUUCGUCAUACCAAGGACCAGAAAAGGCUUCUGAAACGCUAGAAAAAUGGAGAGAGCGGCAAUCGUGGAAGGAAGAUGAUGGUGAAGUGCUGUGUAGGGCGUUGGAAAAGGUCGACAAAAAGGAUCUGGCUGACGAACUGAGGAAAGAUAAGAACUCGUUCAUUGAUGGCAUAAUGAGGCUACGGAGAGUGGCAUACAUGCUGACGCUUGAGCCAGGUUCAAAGGAAUUGAUCGGACAAGAAUUCCUGCAGCCACCCAAGAUGAUCAUCAACAAUCAGGAAGAUUUACGGUCACUGAGGGACGACGUCGGUGAGCCAUGCGAUGAACCACUACAUGUAGAGAUGUUAGAUGUAUGGUGCAGAUCACGGGAAGAUAUUGAUUUACUUCGGGAAAUAUUAAAAAGUGCCAAAUUUGAUUUCUUAAAGCAUCUUCAGCUUCAGCUUCAACUAUCUGAAAACUGGAAGGAGGAACUGCAAAGCCUUGUGCAAACAUUCCAGCCUGGGAUAAAACUACCGGAGGUGCAUUUGGUAUUAUUUGGGCGUAAUAACAUAGAAUAUGAUAUAGGACAUGUGGGCAAAUGCCUGUUUGAAAUAACAAGUCAGUUUCCUGGAAAGAUGGGACUAUCACCUUGUAAUAUUUUUCGAUCACAUCGAGAUGUCCAGAGAUUCGUGGAUGCUCUCAAGGCUUGCAAGUUGCAAUUGUUAGGGUGCCCUAGAGUUGAUUUGCAUGGUCACGUGGAUCUUCUAGCACCUCUUAUAACAGACUGCCUCAAAAUAAUGUGGCUCAAUCAGUGUAACCUCACCGAUGAUGACGCCAGCGACCUGACUUGUAUCCUCUCCAAAUGUCAUGGGCUGCAGAAGCUGGAUGUACACUGUAAUAAGUUUAGUAUGGAUGGGAUCAGUGACAUCACCAGCUAUCUUACACUUGAACAUUUCCCCAAUCUGAUCCGCUUGGAUGUUUAUGAUAUGGGACUUGAUGCGGCUCAAGUGAAGGAGGUGGUUAAGAAAAAUCUACCUCACCUGAAAGAAACUGAAACGGGCAUUUUUAAAAUAACGUAAUGGAUCCAAUAUGCAAAUCAAAAGAAAGGGCGAUUUUUGGCAUUGUGAUAAAUGCCUAACUGUAAAUAUUUAGCUUCUGUCAAACAUUCACAGUCACUGCUAUAAUCAAGUUGGAACUGUAGUGGGAAAGGUGACAGGUCAAACAACAGUAGUGACAAUGAUCGGGAUCAUGAAUAAAAAAAAAGUAGCCCCAAGGGCAUUUAAUUUGCUCAAAAUAUUGCUUGCAUAGGAUUUAACAUGGAGAUUGUUCCAUACAU